AUGAACGGAGGCUCUAGAAAUAAUGUUCCCUUAGUUUCGGGGAAAGGCUUGAUGCUAUUCAUCUUUAUAUUCAUAUUUGUAGUGAUUGCUGUGUCCUUUUUGUAUUAUAUUCGAUCGCUUAGUAGUUUUGAAAAUGAUAGGACGCCUUAUGAACACUCAUCUCUGAUCAAAAGCCAACUCGAAGAAGAAAAUAAGAGCCUUGAAAAGGAGGUAUCAAGGCUUAAAAGAGAGCUUGAAAAAUGUAGUCAUGUUAUUCCUCCUACAAAGAAGGAGAAAAGGGUAGUUUCUUUCGGAUUGUAUGGAAAAGACCCCAAAUACACCAUCGGAGCAUUAAGAAAUGCAGAACUUGUAAAAUACAUUCUUCCAGGAUGGGUUUGCAGGUAUUAUCACGACAAAACCGUUCCAAAAGAAGUUCUUGAGCAACUAACAGAGAUGGGAGCUGAAUUAGUAGAUGUUUCUGACUCAGGAAUCACUGGAGAUAUUGCUGGAAUGUUUUGGCGAUUCCUUGUUGCAGACGACCCAACUGUCGACAGAUACAUUAUAAGAGAUGUUGAUUCUCGACUCAACCCAAGAGAGGCAGCAGCCAUAGAGGAAUGGAUUGAAAGUAAUUAUGCUGUUCACAGCAUGAGAGAUCAUCCAAAUCACAAUUACAAGUUCAAUGGAGGUAUGUGGGGCGCUGUGAAGGGUGCAAUCACAGAUAUGAAAGGAAAGAUUUUGCAAUGGAAAAACAGAAAAAACUAUGUUGCAGACAUGGACUUUUUGGGCUCAAUUAUUUGGCCCAUUGUGGAAGGAAAAGUUUUAUCUCAUGACUCUUAUCACUGCCAUCGGUGGCCUAAUUCGCGACCUUUUCCAACGAAAAGAAUAAUGAAAGAGCAUGUUGGACAGGUAUUUGAUCAGCUAGAAACACCAAGAAAAACAGAUAUAUUCCCCUUCCUGGAAGCUCAUAAUCCUCCACAAUGCAGAAAGAAGGAAGAAUGGAUCUUUGGAUAA